AUGGUUGACUAUUUUGAUGGCGCAGACGAAGUCUGGCAGCAUGUGCCAGUUGAAGUUCUGUACGACGAAGCCCCUCCUGCCAAACGCCCAACACCUGAACCGACGCGGGCCGAGACGCCCACGCCAUCACCCGCAAACUCGCCCACCGCGAAUCCACCAGCCAAAGCGCCAACCAAAUCACUCGCGGAGAUGCCACCUGCUAAAGCGUACUCGAAGGCUCCGACCAAGUCUCCCUCCGAGUCCUCCCCAAUAGCUCCGCCCAAGCCCAUGUCCAAGUCUCCCGCAAACCCGCCCACCAAACUACCCGCCAAAGCCCCUACCAAAUCACCAGCAAAGACCACACCUAAGAUGCGCGCGCGAAAAGUACCCCCGUCGACACCGGUCUCACCUUCAACGAUGAGUCCUACACGUGAACCACCGACUCGGUUGGGGCGUGGGCAUCCUGAAAGCGUCGACAUCUCGGAAGUUGAAGGCACAAGUGGGAGCUCUGCGAGCGAGGACAAAUCGACAAGCGAUGAAGAGGACGCAGUAGAUCUUUCUGCUGGAUCCCCAUUUGACAAGAUGACCAAGGAGCAGUUACGCGAGAGUGCCUAG